UUUAAAUUUUAGAUCAUAAGCGGAUGUGGCGCUGCAGUAAGCGCCACAAGCAACAGUGGAUUCGAAUAACCUCAUGUGGUGCAUUGUUUCGUUAACCUUUGCACCACCUUUAGAGAAUUAUUUCGAAGAAAUCAUUAGUAACAAAGUAUCAAAUGUUCACUUUUUAGGUUUUUCUUAUUUGUAAAUUGUAAAAUAAAUAAGAUAUAAUGUCGAUGCUCGCAGAGAGGCGUCAGAAACAGAAAUGGACACUGAACCCUCGAGGAAAACACUGGAGCGAAGAUGGAAACAAAUUUGGGCAGAAAAUGUUGGAGAAAAUGGGUUGGUCGAAUGGCAAAGGACUUGGAGCUAAUGAACAGGGUAUGACGGAGCAUGUACGCGUCUCUGUUAAAAAUGAUAAAUCAGGUAUCGGUUUUAAAAGAGAUACUGUAGAUGAAGCUUGGACAGAACAUCAAGACAGCUUCAACGACUUUUUACAACAGCUUCACACUGCUCCCUGUGAUAAUAUAGUGCAAAUAGAAGAAGCAAAUGCUGAAUUAAGUGGAAAGUCAUUGGAGUUGAAAUCUAAGCAAAGUCGUGCUCGUGUUCACUAUCAAAAAUUCACGAGGGGUAAAGAUGUAAAUAAGUAUAGCACAAAAGAUUUAGCAAAUAUAUUUGGUCAGAAAGAAAUGAAUUUAAAUAAAAGUAGUAAAGUAGAAAAUGAUAGUACAGAGGAGAGCACUGUUGAUAUUCAGGAUAAUAGAGGUGGUGUUAUUACCAUAAAUGCUGGUAGUAUGACUGAUUAUUUUAUGAAAAAGGAUAAAGACUUUUCUUUAACAUAUAAACAUAAAAAAAGAUCAGAGUCAGAGAGUGAACCAGAAUAUGCAGGGUUUGGUUUUGCAUCGUCAGUCAAUAAAGUACAAUAUCAUAGUGAAGAAAAUAAAGAAUCAAAAAAUGUAAGCAAUUAUGCAUUUGAAAAUCCUUGUAUAGAUUUAAACAGUCCUGAACCUGCUUCAAAUACUAGUAGUAAAGUUGGAUCACUUAAAAAACGGAAAUCUAUUGAUGAAACUGAAUUAAGUUCAAAUCAUGAUGCUAAAAAAUUUAAACAAGAUAACAUAAAUAGUAGCAAGUAUGAAAAUGGUAUAGUAAAUGAUGCACUGAAUUUAGAUUGUCAAUCAGAUGAUGUUUAUAAUGGAAAAGAAUUUGAAGUGUCAAGGGUACAAUUUGGUGUUGCAAAUUCUGCAUUAGAUUUAAGUGAUGAAGCUGAUAAGAAAAGGGUAACAUUUAAUGAUCGUGUGGAAUACAGUGAUGAUACUAUAAAGAAAAAGAAAGGUAGAGCUACAUUGGAUAAGUUUGAGGUUGAGAACAAGAAGGCUAAAAAAAAGAAGAAACAAGACACAGUUAACAAUUCUGUAUCAUUUGGUUUUGUUAAUGAAGCUUUAGAGCUUGAAGACAAGCCUGAGGAGAUUAAUGAUAACGAAAUUAAUGAACGUAAAAAUAAGAAGUCUAAAAAAAGAAAAGAAAGUCGUCGAUCUAAUUUGGAAACAAUAGUAGAGACACCAGAAGAAGAUAAAGAAAUUCUUGAAGAGAACAUAGAGAGUAUGGAGACAAAUGAAAAUACACCAGAUAACAGUGUACCUGAAGAAAAUACGACUCGUAAAAAAGCGAAGAAGAAAAAGAAAGAAAAAGUAAAGGAAGUUGUUGAUAAUGGGAUAAAUAUAGAAGAAAAUAUAGAAAAUGAAGUAGUCAUGGAAACAAAUUCGCAAGGGGAGAAAGGGCAAGAUGAACUUCACACAGAUCAAGAAAAUGUUUCUAAAGAAAAAAGAAAAAAAAGGAAGAAAACGAAACAUGUUGAAUCAGAUGUAGGACAUGAAAAUACUAUCUCUGAAACUGAUAUAAAAGAUAGUAACAAAACGGACGAAAAUACAGAAAAGAUCGAAGAAGUUAUAAAGAUUAAAAAAAAUAAAAAGAAAAAGAAAGAUGCAAAUGUGAAUGAUAGUAAUAUGGAAGUAGAAAUUGAACAAAAGGAGAAAGAAAAUAUAGAUAAUGUAGAUGAAAAUACGUUGAAAGCGACCAAGGCAAAAAAGAAGAAGAAACAUAAACAUUCAAUAGACGAGUCUGUUACAGAUAAUAAUAACUGUACACAUAAUGCAGAACUAACAGAGGAAAAUCCGAGCUCUGAAGUAACGAAUACACCUGUAAAAAAUCAUACUAACAAAACAUUUAAAACUGUAUCUAGUCCUUGGCAUGAAAAAGCUAAAAUGUCAAAGAAAAUAUUAAAAUCUCUUUUUUAUAGGAACUCUGUUGUACAAUUUCCAGGCUCUAAUAUAGAUGAAAUUAAGGGAUAUGGAGCAGAUAUACAGUGACAAAGUUUAUAAAAAUUUCAAUAUAUUCCUAACGUUUUAUAUGUAUAUAAUAUGGAUUAUAAUUUUGUAUAAUUAUA